AUGUUUGAAGAGGCUCAAACACCAAAGAGCAGCUCCUUCUGUCUCAUCUGCCGGAGCUUACUUCUCCCCAGAGACUCAGCAGCAGCAGCAGCAGGUGACCGAGCGGAAGCCGAGCAGCCGACCUGGUGUCCUUCGCGCUGCUCCUGCUGUCGUUUCCUGGAGGAUCCUCUUUGUGGAGCAGGUGUUAAGCUCUUUAACCGCAGCAGAUGGCAGUCCCAGGCACGCGUCAGCCUCCUGCUCCCCUCCUCACCCACUCUCAGGCUGGAUAAGCUGCAGCCUGUUAGCCUACUUCAGCGCCGACGUUUGCCCCACAUGCUGCACAUCAACAUGAUCUGA